AUGGCUCAAAAACACCUCAACAACGAUCAUCUUGUUGGACAAGAUGAUUUUUACGCCAAUGUUUUCAAACAAUUUCUUGCAUGUUCUAAACCGCAAUCAUGUCUACCUGAAUAUGUCUCAACGCAUGUGGACAAGCUCGUUCACGACUCUUCCUUGAAUCAUGAUACCAACGCACCUCUUCGUGUCCUGAGUGUCGGUUGUGGUCAUGGCGCUCGUGAUGUUCAUGUUCUUAAAGCCAUUCAUGAACAACGACCUCACAUUCAAUUCGACUAUGUUGGAGUGGAUAUCAAUUCCGUAUUAGUACAAGAAGCUCAACAAGUGUUUUGUUCUCAACACGUUCGAGGCUAUGUCUCUGAAUGUCAAUUUGUCGUGGCACCGAUUGAGGAUUAUUUAGAACGAUUGAAUCCGAGUAGCGAACAUGGAACAUUCGAUCUCAUUCUCAUGCUUCAUUGUUUGUAUUACAUUCCUCAUCGAAAACAUGUGCUCGCUCAAUGUGUGGAUCAUCUCUCUCCGAAUGGCAAACUCAUGAUUCUACAUCAGAGUCCAGCAGGAAUUAACAACUUUCAAAAUUUGUGUAAUCCAUUGUUUGAAGGAAGGAAAUGCACUCGAAAUUUGCAAUUCAAUUCCAUGCAAGUGGAACAUUUAUUGAAUGAUUUGGAAGUACCUUAUUCAAUGGAUAUUGUAAAUGCCACGUUGAAUGUAUCGAAUUGUUUUGUGAAUCCUCAUGACACUACUAUGGAACAAGCGUACAGAAAAGGAUUGCAAUUAUUGAGUUUCAUGCUAGAGAGAGAUAUGAGAGAGGAGAGUGAAGAGGUAAAGCAACAAGUAUUGGACUUGUUAUCGAGAGUGUCUGUGAAAAAACAUCACACGGGUGAAUAUUGGUUAUUCCAUCCUCAAGUGUUUUUGGUCGUAUCUAAAAAACUGUAA